UCGAUACACUACAGAAUGCGGCCGCUUUUAAGUAAUUAUUUAUAUAAACGCCUUUUUCGUACGGAUAACGUAGGAAAAUAUGCCAAACAGCAGCCGCGCAACCUCAAGGGCAAGAGCAAGAGCUCACAGGAGUGGCUGACACGGCAGUUGGCCGAUCCCUAUGUGGAGAAGGCCCGCAUGAUGAACUAUCGCUGCCGGAGCGCCUUCAAACUGCUGGAAAUUGACGACAAAUACAAAAUCCUGAAGCCAGGCGAUGCUGUCCUGGACUGUGGAGCUGCCCCAGGCAGUUGGACCCAGGUGGCCGUAGAGCGGACCAAUGCACAUGGGAAAAUAGAGCGGGCGCCAGUUGGGGCAGUAUUCAGCAUCGACCUGUUGCAUUUUCAUGCCGUGCCGGGUGCCACAAUAUACGGCGGUAUGGACUUUACCACCCCCCUGUCACAGCAACGUCUGAGAGAAGCACUGGCUGGCCGUCAGGUGAACUGUGUCCUCUCCGACAUGGCUCCCAAUGCCACGGGCGUCCGAAUGCUGGACCAAGAGAGCAUCACAAAUCUCUGCUACGAGGUCUUGCGUUUUGCUCUGGCCAUGUCCGCCCCGCAGGCUAAUCUGGUGGUCAAAGUGUGGGACAAUGGAGAUGUGCCUAAGCUGGAGAGGAACAUGUUAAAGUUCUACGAGAAGGUGAAGCGUGUGAAGCCUCGCGCCAGUCGAGGGGAUUCUGCCGAGCACUUUCUGGUGGCGCGUGGAUACAAAGGAGCGACGGCAGCGUAAACUCAACUUGAUUUAUUUAAAAUAAGAUCAUUAAAAAUAUAGAAAUCUACAUAUUUAAAAUCUGA